CCCGGGACCGCCCUGUCUGCGGGGCCUGAGUCUGCGUAGGACUUGGAGACUUGAAGGAGGCGGGUCCGCGCAAGCGCACUGGCACUGAAGUGAUGGCGGCGGCCGAGCGGGCGUGGGGAGCAGCUGUCGGUGUAGCCCGGCUGUGCAGGCGGCUCUGUCAUGUGGCGACUCCACACGCCUUUAAGAAACAGCCUCUGCACCAAUAUGUACAGAGACCACUCUUCCCUCUGCGCACGCCCUUGUAUAACACAGUACGAUUCAUGUUUAUUCAAACACAAGACACCCCAAAUCCCAACAGCUUAAAGUUUAUACCAGGAAAGCCGGUUCUUGAGACGAGGACCAUGGAUUUCCCCACACCAGCUGCGGCUUUCCGUUCCCCUCUGGCCAGGCAGUUAUUCAGGAUUGAAGGUGUGAAAAGUGUCUUCUUUGGGCCAGAUUUCAUUACAGUCACAAAGGAGAAUGAAGAAUUAGACUGGAAUUUACUGAAACCAGACAUUUAUGCAACAAUUAUGGACUUCUUUGCAUCUGGCUUACCUCUAGUGACUGAGGAGACGCCUCCAGGAGAAGCAGGUUCUGAGGAAGAUGACGAAGUUGUGGCAAUGAUUAAAGAACUGUUAGAUACUAGAAUACGGCCGACUGUGCAGGAGGAUGGGGGUGACGUGAUCUACAGAGGCUUUGAAGAUGGCAUCGUGCGGCUGAAGCUCCAGGGCUCCUGCACCAGCUGCCCCAGCUCUAUCAUCACCCUGAAGAGCGGGAUUCAGAACAUGCUGCAGUUUUAUAUUCCAGAAGUGGAAGGCGUGGAGCAGGUGGGCAGCACGGCUACAGGCUGGGUGUCACAGUACAAGGGGACCAAGUAGAUAACCUGUCUUUACUUGGGAAAGCGCCAUGGGUGAUUGAGUUCUAACUGCAGAUGUCACAGAGGGAGUCAAAGCACUGUGCACCACGACUAUAUAUGCUCACGUGAUCUGCCCAUUCCUACCCCUCCCUGCUCCAUCUCUACCACCAUUUGUUAAGAUAGAGUUCAUGUGGCCCAGGGUGACCUCGAACUCCUGCCUCCCAAGUGCUGAGAUUGUAGAUACGUGCUACCACACUUGGCCUUUAUUAAAAUUUUAUUACAUGCAUGUGAGUUUGUGUAUGUGGGUGUACAUGUGUGCGUGUGUGUGUGUGUGUGUGUGUGAUCAGAAGGUACCUUGUGGGACUGGCUGUCUCCUUCCACUUUAUGUAGAUUCCAGGGACAGAGCUCAGGAUAUCAGCCUUGGGAGCACUGUAUAUGCAUGGGCCUCCUGGAAGACCCGAGGCUGGGUCUCCUCCUUUGUCUUUUUCAGCAGCAGCUCUGAUGGGUCUCAAAGCGUCGUUUGCACAUUGACAUUGAAAAAGUUCUUGGGAGUCUUACUCCAAAUUUCAGAAUGCUUCUGCCUAAGUAGGAGUUGAUUUACAAAAUUCUUUGGAUUAGAUAUAUUGAGAUUGGAAAUAUUUUAUUCUUAGAGUAAAAUAACUGUUUUUAGUCAACCUCAAAGAAAAACUAGGAGAGAACUCUGCUAAGUAUCUCAUCAGAACCCAUCCAGAUCCCAGGGUCCAUUUCAGUUUUUGGUGGUGUUUGUUUUAAGUUUUGUGAAGUUUUGCUUUGCUGCCUGGCUGGUCUUACACUCUUUCCUGGGCUAGAGUCACUUUUCUACCCCAACCUCCAAGGCUCCCGGCCUUCUCUGCCUGCAGCUGUGCCCUCCCAUCGGGAUGCCUGUACCUUGUUACUUCCCUUUUCCCUCACCCAAGGCCUUUUGAAAAAUAUAGCAUUGGUUGAGGCCAAAAGGUUGACAAAGAGUAACAUUGUUACUCACAUGUCCGGGGCGGGUGCAGAAUUGACUGGUGACAAGCUCCAGUUGCCACAUAAUUGUAGUGGAUGUGGCAAGGAAACAGAACUUUCUAUAACUUUGUUUUCAGAGGUGUUGGCCUUUAUUAUCCAAUAUCGUAUCAGCCCACAGAAGGACUAGCCUUUUCUUCUUUCCUUAAGUAUUUUCUUCCCUGAAAAUCUUCACACUUCUUUAGGUUUAAAAUAUUUUUAUUUGAAUAAAAUCAAAAUAAUUUGUAGUAUUUUUUUCUUUUACUAUUUUAGGAGAUUGGGGGUGAGGGGAGUCCCUUUUAAAAAAUAUUCUUUUCUUUCUUAAUAUGAAGCCCUGGAACUCACUCUGGCCUGGAACUCACAAGAGAUUUGCCUGCUUCUGCCUCCUGGGUGCUAGAAAUAAAGGCAUGUGUCUCCAUGCCCUACUUUUAAAAAAGCUUAGUUGCAUUUUACAUAUCACAUACGUGUGCACACAGACCAUGAUGCACAGGAGGAGCCCUGAAGUUAGACUGAUCUGCAAAGGUCCAGCAUGGGGCUCAGAUCUCUGGCCCAGCUGCAGGGCUUCUCUCCCCUGAACCACCUGUCUGUUGGUUUUUUUUUUUUUUUUUUUUUUUUUUUUUUUUCGGAGCUGGGGACCGAACCCAGGGCCUUGCGCUUCCUAGGCAAGCGCUCUACCACUGAGCUAAAUCCCCAACAGGCCCUCCCCCCCUCCCCACCCCCUCAGUCUGUUGGUUUUCUGAGGCAGAGUCUCAAGCGGUCUAGACUGGCCCUAGGGCUUGUUGAGUGGCCUUGAACUCUUGAUUCUGUGAUUACAGGCAUGCCCUAUCCUGACAGGAUUUAGCCUGCCCAGCUAAGAUGCUGCUGCCAAGGGCCUCUUUCCGAGACAAGAAAGCGGUUCCCAGUUCCUUUUUAUGCAUUUGAUUUGCUCUGUUAUCUUAGGACCCCAGUUCUGACUGAACCUUGGGCUCUGGACUACUGCUGGGUUAUUCCAUGCUGUGCAUUACCAUAGAUUAUGUCAGGCAGGGAGGUGAUGUUCAUGCUGGGAAAAUAACACUUUCCAACCUUUUUCUUAACUCUCGAAUUCUCUUUGUUUUCUGGCUUUAGGUGAUGGAUGAUGAGGAAUCAGAUGAAAAAGAA